CUCCAGGCAAACCACAAAGCAAAAUGGCAACCAAGCUCCUCAAAGCCGCACUCUUUGCACAAGCCGGGGCAGCCUGCAACUGCUUCGGCAACGGCGUCUGCACCAACAACGAGUGCCAAUGCGACACCGGCUGGAAGGGCCCCGACUGUGCAACCUUGGACGUGCUGCCCGCCGCGAAGGCGAGCAGCGGUUUCGCAAGCCGACCGAACUGGGGCGCGGCCCAGCUGCGAGAGGGCAGCAUCUAUUACACGUUCGUCGGCGCGAAGCGGAACACGUCGGCGGGCGCGAGCGACGCGUUCGCGAGCAACGCGGGGCUGCACCUGCUGCGGUCGACGAGCCCGACGGGCCCCUUUGAGGACCUCGGCGAGGAAAUCGGUCUCAAUGGUCAGUCCUUUGGGUUCCGCGUCGACGCGAAGAUCAAUCCAGUCGACGGCGCGCUGCUGCUGCUCACCGAGGGCUACGCGCACGGAGACGGGUUCGGUUUCAUUUUCAGGAGGUCGGCGUCGGGCUCAGCCCUGGGCCCGUGGACCGAGCACCUCGUCUACGAGCUGGGCAUGCGGGUCAUCGAUGGCGCCGAGGACUGGACGGCCGACGCCGCCAUGGUCGACGCGGACCGCUGGGACUGCCGACUGGCGGACCCGACGUUCGUGGUCUUGGACACGGGUGAAGUCCUUGUUGGCUACCGGGGCACGCGGUGCUGCUGCAACGCAAUCAUCGGCGCGUGGUCCUCGACUGGCGAGCACGAGCCCGAGACGCCCGGCCUCCUCCGCGCAGCGUCGUGGACGGGCCCGUACGUCCGGACGGAGCAGCCAAUCUUCGAUGCGGACGUCGAGGACAUGUUCAUGUGGACGAGCGCCCGCGGUGUACACAUGCUCAUGCACUCGCAGGACAACGCGCAUUUCAACCACGAGCGCCGCGGCGCCUACGCGUUCAGCGCCGACGCGGGCGUGUCCUGGAAUUUCAGCGCGCGCGAGGCCUGGCCAACGCACUUGGCGCUCGACGACUGCUCCUCAACAAAACUCGCGAAGCGCCAGCGGCCGAGCCUCGCGUUCGACGACGCGGGCCGACCGGCGUACCUGUUGACGGGCGUCGCGACGACGACGCACGGCCUCGAGUGGGGCGACGGAUGGACCGCGUGGCAGCCGCUCCGUGGGGCGAUUCCCGCGUCGGACGCGCCGUGCGCCGAGGACGAGUGCGCCGUGAGCGACGUCGGCACGGCCGGCGCGUGCGAGGCCUGCGGCGCGCUGGACCAUUGCACACACGUGACGUCGGCGCCCGCGCGCGACCGGUGCAUCUGCGCGGCGCCGUGCGACGACGAGCGUCUGGGCGCGGCGUGCGAGGUCAAUGCAGAUGCGCUCUCGGAGACGUGUCCCCACGACGGCUGGAAGUUGCUGCCAGGGACGUCAAAUGGCGGUCUCUUCCGGUGCGGAAGUGUCGUGGACGGCGCAGCGACGGGCUGGUAUGGGCAUUGCAUCGACGCAGCCGCACGGUGCAACGGUGUGCGCAACUGCGGCGACGGCUCCUUCGACGGACAGGACGAGCUCGCCUGCCCAUUUGUUGCUGCAUGCGAUUGGCCAGCAGUGGCGCGCGGCGAUGGGGUCUGCCUCGAGUGCGUUCCUGAGGAUGUGCCAAACUGCCUAGACGCGGCGCCGACGCUCGACGGCGCUGCCUGCGAGUGCAUGCGGUGCGCAACGCCAUGGUUGGGCCCGGCCUGCGACGUGUCGCUCGCGGCCGCGCCCACGACUGCCCCCACGCGGACGACUCCCGCGCCGACGGCGAGGACCGCUCUUUCCGACGGCUCGACCGGCGUUGCGCCUGCCGGUGCUGCCGCAUUUGUUGUUGUUGUCUUGGUGAUGAAUGUGUUCUAG